AUGAGUAAAGAGCAUUCAGCGGCUAAUGGCAACGUUCAGAGCGAGAAUAUCGGCCCCGAGCCUGAGCCAAAUAUCUUCAAUGCCACAUCUGUCUCGGAAAUUAGAGCUACCUUAUCCGCUCUUCACGACCGUGAAGCUUCUGUAACAGCCUCCCUCGACUCCCUCGUUGCCUCUCAAAAGGAUUUUUCACGCGAGCUCGGCCGGUUGGAUCUCUUACGCGCACAUAUCGGAUCACAAGCCAGCACGACCCGCACGAUUAGCCAUGGCAUGCUUUCUGACACCGCUGCCAUGGCGCAACGCCUUUCGAGCGCCGUGGAACGGCUGGAUAUGGAACAAUCGCGUGUGAAGGCAACAUUGGAGAUGGUUGAGCAAGUAGCAGAGCUUAAGGCCUGUGUUCUUGGUGUUGCUGGUUCCAUGGGUGCGUCUCAGGACUGGGAGAUGGCGGCAUCUUACAUGAACCGGGCGUCCAAGGUGCCCCCAGAAAUUGUUAAGAGUACGUUUGCUGCGGACAUCGUGCCGACAACGGAAGUUCCCGACCCCCCCGCCGUUACCCUCGAGAAUGCGGCAGAGUCGCUAUGUGGUCUUUUUCUCCGUGAGUUCGACCGCGCUGUCAAAGAGAAUGACGGAGCAAAAAUUACUCGUUUUUUUAAACUAUUUCCGUUGAUUGAUCGAUCUGAUGUGGGGUUGGAUGUAUACGGAAGAUAUGUUUGCCAGGGCGUUGCAAGCCGGGCGAGAGCGAGCCUUAAUGCCGGUACUGGUGGUAACGAAGGCAAAGAGGGGUUUUUCUACGCCAAUGUUCUUACGAAAUUAUUCGAACAUAUUGCGCAAAUCGUUGAAGGUCAUGGUGGGCUAGUUGAACGCCAUUACGGUACGGGUAAGAUGGCCAGGGUCGUGGAAAAGCUGCAGGUUGAAGCAGAUGUCCAAGGCGGCAUUAUUCUAGAAACCUGGAGCGAUGAGCGAACUAUUGACCGCAAGCUGAGCGACAUCAAGUCUUACGCUUUUACUUUCCUAGUUCAAAGCUUCUUGCCGAACUCCAGGGCUGGGAGUAUCCAGCGGACCAAUUCACCAGGUAUAAGGGAUACUGCGUCACAGCGAACAAGUGAAGACGAUAGUGUGGAUAUGAAAGAAAUCGAUGGAAUUCUUAAUGAAAUAUGUCUCAUGCUUGGAAGAUGGUCACUUUAUUGCCGCUUUCUGGCUGAUAAGUGCAGAACUGACCGUUCAGAGGAUUUUCUUCUGCCGACCUUUGUAGUCGAAUCCCCUUUGGCCCAAAAAAUUAGCGAACGGCUUACUUUGCCAUUUAAUUCGAUGACAACCUUUUUUCUCCGCCGGUCUGUUGAAAAGGCAUUUCAAAUUGAAGAAGCUCCACAGGAUCUCUCUUUAAAUUUACAGCAGCCUCCAAAAUCAAAUCCGCCACAUAUCACUUCCGCGGUGGAUGACAUCAUGUAUAUUGUGAAAAAGGUAUUAGAGCAGACCUUGUCCACUGGUCAGAAGACGGUGGCCAUGAAUGUUGUGCCAACAGUUGCGAGAAUUCUUGGCUCCGAUUUUAUGGACAUGAUAUUACGAAAGAUGCGUGAUGAGACUUAUCCUAAGCCAGUUGUUCCUGGAGGGCUGCCCCCGGAGACGGCUAUUGUCUCGUUUCUUAUACUAAUUAACAAUCUUGAAAUUGCCGUGAGCUAUGUCCAGCGUAUCGUUGAAAAUAUCACAGAAUCCUCAGAUGCGAGGAGUACUACUCCUGGAGAACCAGAAAACAGGAUCCAUACACUCUUCCCAUUAAAGGAUGACGCAGAAGCAGUACUAAAAGCGCUGCAAUCGCUCUGCUCGUCGUUCGAAUCAAAAGCACAGGAUCUCAUUGGUGAUGGCGUACAAGUCGUAUUCAACAACGUCGUGAAAAAUCGGCUUCGACCAAUACUUACAGAAGCAUUUCGUGACAUCGAUUAUCAGCCACCGAACCUAGAUAACGGGAUAGCCAAUGAACUAAACCAUGAAGAUGUUGAAUACAGAGAGUUUGACGGCACCACACAUCAGAGCCUGGCUCGUCAUCAAUUUGCAUCUCUCUGGCGAAAGUUACUUGUGCCCAUUUCACGAGUUUUAAAUGGACGAUCUUUUGAUCGGCUCCUGGGUGUGACCCUAGCAUCAUUUGCGCGCUUGCUGGAGAAGCGAAUAUGGUCGUACCACGGCCGGGUGAAUGAUUUAGGGGCUUCCCGACUAGAAAGCGACAUUACUGGAAUUAUUUCUGAAGCAAUUGAUGUUGGUGUUCAUGAUGAAAACGGCAACGUGGGGAACAGGUAUCGAUACCGCGAAUUGUUUGCGCGAUGCACGCAAAUUGUUAUGGUGAUGAAUCUGGAGGAUGAAGAGUGGGAAGAACUUGAGAAGAGUGGUGGAGAUGUUGUUGAUAAAUUGUCGCCGGAGGAACGUACAAGGGCCAGAGUGAUGACUGUAUAA